AUAUAUUUGCAUUUGUAGAAGUUAUUCGAACGAUGAAUCAACCAACUCAUGUUCGAUGUAUCAAUACACCCAAUGGUUCAACAGCUGGUGAUACAUCAACAUCAUCUGCGUUAAAUCUCGAUCGAGGACGAGGUGAACUUGAUAAUGAUAUUCGAAAGUUAUUGAGCAAUAUUCGUGAACGACGAGCACAACUUGUUCAUGAGAAUUCACAAGUGGCACCUUUAUCAUUAACAUCAAUUAAUACUCCUGCUGCUAUUUCUUGA